AUUUUCAAUGUCAAGGUCAUGAUCAGUUUAGUUACUAAGUAGGUAAUAACAUCAAAAUAACAAUAUUAUUACAAAAUAUUAUCAAUGAAAGUUGGUAUCAUUGGUUCUGGUAUUAUUGGUCUAUCAACAGCAUUCUAAUUAAAGAAAAUUAUUCAAAUGUAGAAAUUCUUAUACAAUCUGAUAAGAAAAAUGUUAUGGUUACUAGUUAUGGUGCAGCUGGUAUAUUUAGACCAGAUCCUAAAUUAUUACCAGGAUCAGAAUAUGAUCAGGAUCAAUUCAAUGAUUUUAUUCGUUGGUGUAAUGCUGGACGUGAACAAUAUUGGAAAUUAGCAACUAGUUGGAAUUCAUCGAAUACUGGUGUAUACUUUCAUCCAACUUAUCAAUUAUCAGAAUAUAAUGAAUUUGAUAGACCAUUUAUAAGUAAAUUAUGUGGAAAAACUGUAUUUUUAGAUGAAGAAGAGAUUCAGUCUAUUGGAUUUGCUAAGCAUAUUAAAUCAGCUUAUUAUUAUACAACAUGUAUUGUAGAACCACGUUAUUAUAUGAAUUACUUAUUGAAUGAACUUAAAAAUUUAAUUCCAAAUGAUCAAUCUAUUUAUAGUGAAAGAGAGAUUGCGUUUACUUCUUCAAAUGAAUUAUAUUAUUGGGCUAAACAACAAAAAAUCAAUAUAAUUAUUAAUUGUACUGGAUUAGGAUCAGGUUAUUUAUUUCAUGAUCCAGAAAUAAGACCAGUUAAAGGUCAAUUAGUACGUGUUCUAGCACCAUGGAUGAAAUUUGGAUUCUAUUUCGGGCGCGAUGAUACAUAUUGUUAUACAGGAAAAGAGAGUGUAAUUCUUGGAGGAUUUCGUGAACAUUUACCUCCAGUUUUAAAAAGACCUACAACAGAUGAUGAUAUAAGAGUAUCACCUGAAUCUACAAAAGAUAUUCUUCAAAGAAUUGAUAGCACUUGGCAUGGAGGACUAGGCAACUCACCAAUAGUUGAAGAAUGGACAGGAUUACGUCCAUUCAGGCCAUCUAUAAAAUUAGAAAUUGAAUGGUAUCAACCUGAAAUUACCUGUGAACCUUUACCAAUUAUACAUAAUUAUGGACAUGGUUCAAUGGGUGUUGCAUUAAGUUGGGGUACUGCAAUAGAUACUCUGAAACUUUUUGAAGAUGUAGUAAAAUCAAGUCCAAAUAUUCAUACUUAAUUUAGUCAACUCACUGGAUUUUCUAAUUUCAAUUAUUUGUAAUUCAAUUUAUUAUUGUAAAUUAUUAAUAUUGUAUUGUAUAAUACAAGUUGUCUCGACACCUUAGCUACAUAAUACUGUAAACAAAUAAAAGAAAGGGAAUAUUCCGAAAACCUGGAAAUAAGAAAAUUAUUUUUUGUCUUGAACUGAUGUAAACUUGGAACAACUAAUAAAUCAGGGACCAUUUGAUGUUAGUUCCAUUUUAGCUCGUAACUCUUUAGGAUUAGCUAGAUCAAUA